AUGGCGUUCGGCGAUCCCGAGGCAGUGAGGGUGACGGGGGAGGUGCAUUUGAGUGCGGACGAGUCGCACUUAUUCAGCACUCUGAGGGACGUGGUGUCGCACUAUGGACUCGGCACGCAGCUGCGCGUGGCGGGAGGAUGGGUGCGCGACAAGGUGAGGGGCGUGCAGUCGAGACGCACUUAUUCAGCACUGUCAGCUGGGGGUGGCGGGAGGCUGGGUGCGCGACAAGUAUGGACUGGGGCGCGGCUGUGGGUGGCAGGGGGAUGGGUGCGCGACAAGCUAAUCGGGCGCGACUGCAUGGACAUUGACAUAGCUCUCGACAACCUGCUGGGGAGGGGGUUGGCAGACAAGCUGAUAGGGCGGGACUGCAUAGACAUCGACAUAGCUCUCGACAACCUGCUGGGGAGGGAAUUCGCAGAGAAAGUCACCGAAUACCUCAAGGAACGAGGGGAGGUCGUGCGGGGCGUGGGGGUCAUUCAGAAGAACCCCGAUCAGUCGAAGCACCUGGAGACGGCAACGAUGAUGAUUUACGGCAUGUGGAUCGACUUUGUGAACCUCAGGGCAGAGGAGUAUGCCCACGACUCAAGAAUCCCGCACUCCAUUGAGUUUGGGACGGCAGAGGAGGACGCACUGAGGAGGGACUUGACGAUCAAUAGCAUGUUUUACAACAUCAGCACAGAGCAAGUGGAGGACCCCACUGGGCGAGGAAUCUCGGACCUGAAUGGGGGCGUCAUCCGCACGCCUCUCCCUCCCCACCAGACCUUCCUUGACGACCCUCUCCGAGUGCUUCGGGCCGUGAGGUUCGCUGCCCGAUUCGGCUUCUCAUUGGACGAGGAGUUACGGGCAGCUGCAGCUUCGGAGGAGGUUCGGACAGCGCUGGGAAACAAAGUCAGCAAAGAGAGGAUUGGGAAAGAGGUAGAGCUGAUGCUCAAAUCCCGCGAUCCCUAUGCAGCCAUCUCCCUCGUGGUCGACCUCAACCUCUUCCCCACCGUCUUCCCGCUCCCCCACGCCCCCUCGCACACUGCUGAUGUUCCCCCUGAUGAUGAGCUGCCUGGCCUCUGUGAAGCUUCAUUUGCUGCCACUUGCACACGCCUGCACCAAUGGGAGAAACACCUGCCCCAGGCUCUGAUUGAUCACUUGUCUGACCUUAGUGUGGGGCUGCUGCUGGCAGCGCUGCUGAUGCCUCUCAGGCAUGCCCACUACCUGGAUAAGAAGAAGAAAGAGGUGCCAUUCGCGCAACACAUCGUUCUGGACUCACUCAAGCUCAAACGAGCCUAUGCUGACAUGGUGGUGUUGCUGCAUGCAGCAGCGGAGGAUUUCACUGCCCUAGCGCCCCUGCUUACCACACCAGCAGCUGAGGCAGCACCAGGAGGAGGGGAAGAUGCAGCAACAGCAGCAGCCGGAACAGGAGGAGCAGCAGCAGCUCGAUGCCUUACUCUAAUCACACCCCCGCAUGAGGAGUUUCAAGACAACGCAAGGGUGCUGGCAGGCAAGCUCCUCCGCAAGGUGAAGGCCUGCUGGCCGUCCGCUGUGCUGCUCGCCUCUACUCUGCCGCCCGUUUCCUCUGCCGCCCGCAGUGAACAGUGUGGUUUGGAUAGCGUGACUUUGUAUCUGAGCCGGGCCCUCAGUCUACCCGGCCUUCUCCUGUUAGGUCGACCCAAAGCGCUUGCAGCCAUGUUGGCCAUCUUCCAGAAGUCGAUAGGCGAGGCGCCGCAGGAGCUCAUGGCGCCGAAGCUGAACCGAUCGGCGUCCAUGUCGGGCCGGCUGGACGCGAAGGAGAUCCUCCACGGCUUCAAGAAGGCGCACCCGGGCGCCGUGCUUAUGCAGUUUGACGAUCAACACGCUAUCGCGUACACGCACGACAUGCAAGACUUUCUCAUGCCCAGGCAAUUUGCAGCAUGCGACGAUGUCUUCUGCGCGUUCGCCGGCAACAUCGAGAACCUCGCGCAGCUGCGGCAGCGGUACGGGCUGGACCGGCACGUGAGCGAGGUGAAUCUGAUCAUCGAGGCGUACAAGACGCUGCGCGACCGCCGUCCGUACCCGCCGGACCAAGUCAUCGCGGACCUCGCGGGCGCGUUCGCGUUCGUGCUGUACGACAACAAGGCCAAGACGGUCUUCGUGGCGCAUGACGCGCAAGGCAAGGUGCCCUUGUACUGGGGCAAGUGCCUGGACGACGGAGUGCUCGCCUUCUCGGACGACCCUGCUGUGCUCAAGGCCGGCACCGGCUCCUCCUUCGCCCCCUUCCCUCUCGGCUGCUUCUACUCUUCUGACGGCGGCCUGCGCAGCUUCACGGACCCGGAGAAGCAGCUCAAGGCCAUUCAGCACAUUGACAGCCAGGGGGAGCUGUGUGGUGCCACCUUCAAGGUCGACAGCCAGCAGGAUUUGACUCAGAUGCCUCUAGACUCCAAGGACGACAGCGGGCGGGGCUGGUCGUAA